AUUCAACUAAUGCAUGGGCUGCACACACCAGCUUUCGCGAACCUCUGUAACAACCCAUGUCCUUAACACAGAAAAAAAACAUUAAUAAGCCAUAUGAACAAAGCCCAAAACACAGCAAUGUGACAGCUACAGUAAAAAAAUGAAAACACAAAAUAUAUGAACCUAAAAACAUGCAGAAACAUAUGAACACUUCAUUGAUUACAAUGUUUACCUGCUCAUUAAUGCAAAUAUCUAAUCAGCCAAUUACAUGGCAGCAAGUCAGUGGAUGUAGGUAUGUAGACAUGGUCAAGGUAGCCGCUGAAGUCCAAACCGAGCACCAGAAUGAAGAAGAAAACUGAUUUAAAUGGCUGAAUGUGGCAUGGUUGUUGGUGCUGUGUUGAUGCCUCAGGAGAGUAGAUUGAUGGACUUCUCUGAGCAGACAGGAAGGCAACAGUAAGUCACAACCACUUGUUAUAACAAAGGUUUUCAGAAGAGCAUUUCUGAAUCUAGCAGCACAUGGGCCACAGCAGCAGACAAGCACACCAGGUAAGAACGGGAAGCCCACAGUUCACACAGGCUCACUGAAAGCGUACACUGGAGGCGAACUGACUCUUCCCAUUGGCCAGAAAACAUGACUCUAAAUGAAUGAUAAUGUGCAGAUAAUGAUGAAAGUCUAGAUAUAGCAUAGUUUAUCAGUGCUGUAUUUAACGUUAGCAGAGGUGACAAGGAUUUCUAAUAUUUUAGGAAAAAUUUUGAAGCAACUGAAGGAAGAGUUUGCCUUAAACAAUUUUUCAUUUGAGUUGAAAAUCUCACCAGAAGAAUCAGUGCUGGAGCUCUGUGCACUGUAGUUUGUGACAUUUUAACAUGGAUGAAAAAGCUCUUAAUGAUGCUAACUGAAGGAAUUGCCAAAACAUUCAGUGUUUUCAUUUGCAAUCAGGUCUUUGGCUCUCACACAGUUUUCUUAUUUACAAUUUUAUUCAAAAGGAACUGAUGCUAUUGUGUUUUAAUCAAAACUGUAAACCCAAGGAAAUCCCAAGAAGUUCACACUUGAGCUCCGCUGUUCUCUGCUGUGGCUGCUGGGUUAAGUACAUGAAUUUAUGAGCACGAGCAUUUAUGAGCUGGUUAAUGUGCAACCAAAGAAGAGCUUAGCUUCAUGUGAUAUCUUGAUGUGAACUUUUAGCUUCCGCUGGCGUAUCAGCCACUUUUACUGCAGCAGUGGAUUAGGUAUUACCGAGCCCUUUGUACAAGCUUGGAGAGCGCUUGUUUCUUUUCUCCUCAGAUAUGCAGGGACUGAAGUUCAGUGCAGUGUCUAAGUCAUCUUCUGGUCAUAAUGGAAGCCAAGAGUGAACGAAGAAGUGAGAGGUCAAAGUUCAGCAGAAUGAUGAAUGAAAACAAUAAUGCAUUUAAAAAUGUCCGCCGAAAGCCAGGCCUUCAGAUAUGGACCGUCAAUAAAAUGCAAAUGGAUCCCGUUCCACCUCAGGCCUUUGGCAAUUUCUUUGAGGGAGACUGUUACAUAGUUCUAUAUAUAAGUGAGAAUAAAGGCUCCCGCCAGUCUGCUGAUAUCCACUACUGGGUUGGAAGAACCUCCUCUCAGGAUGAACAAGGUGCUGCUGCCAUCUACGUCACCCAGCUGGACGAGUACCUGGGUGGGAGUCCGGUCCAGUACAGGGAGGUGCAGGGCUACGAGUCACCGCGGUUCAGGAGUUACUUCAAAAAUGGCCUGAUCUACAAGAAGGGUGGAGUGGCCUCAGGUUUCAACCACGUUGAAACAAACGCCUACAACGUCCUGCGACUGCUGCAUGUCAAAGGGAGGAAGGAUGUCACAGCAACAGAGGUGGAGGUGUCAUGGAGCAGCUUUAACAAAGGAGAUAUAUUUCUUCUGGAUAUCGGGAAAGCUAUAGUGCAGUGGAACGGUCCCCAGAGCAACAGAAGAGAGAAGCUCAAGGCGGUCUUGUUGGCUCAGGACAUCCGGGACAGGGAACGCGGAGGUCGCGCUCAGAUCGGUGUUGUGGAGGGAGGAGAUGAGCGGAGCUCGCCCGAGCUCAUGAAAUUCCUCACGACUGUGCUCGGACCAAAACCGGCACAGCUGAAGGAGGCCACUUCCGAUGAUGUGCCUGAUAGUGCGCAGAAAAACAGUGUCCGACUCUACCACGUUUAUGACAAUAGUGGGAAUCUAGUGAUUCAAGAAGUGGCCAAACAACCUCUGACACAAGAUCUUCUGAAAUCCUCGGACUGUUUCAUUCUGGACAACAAAGGGUCUAGUGUGAUGGUCUGGAAAGGAAAGAAGGCCUCCAAAGAAGAGCGACAAGGAGCUAUGAAUCGGGCACUGAGCUACAUUAAAGCAAAAAAGUACCCAGCCAGCACCACUGUGGAGGUGAUGGCUGAGGGAGCAGAGUCAGCAAUCUUUAAGCACCUGUUCAAAUCCUGGACAGACAGAGACCAAACUCAGGGCCUGGGUACCACACACAACGUUGGAAAGAUAGCUAAGGUCGACGACGGAAAGUUUGAUGUGAUGGAGCUCCACGCGCGCCCUGAACUGGCAGCACAGUACCGCAUGGUGGACGAUGCAUCAGGAGACGUUAAGGUGUGGUGCAUUGAGAAUUUGGAACUGGCUGAAAUAGACCCAAAAACCUACGGGCAGUUUUAUGGAGGAGACUGCUACUUGGUGCUGUAUUCAUAUAAAAGAGCAGGCCAGCAGCAGUACAUACUCUACAUGUGGCAGGGACGCCAUGCCACAAGCGAUGAGAUUGCAGCAAGCGCCUUCCAGGCUGUCAAUAUUGAUAACAAGUACAAUGGAGCCCCAGUUCAGGUCAGAGUGGUCAUGGGAAAGGAGCCCCGCCACUUCCUGGCUAUUUUCAAAGGCAAACUUAUCAUUUUUGAGGGAGGAACAGGUCGACCUGGUGUGGUUAACCCUGCCAAAGAUGCCAGGCUCUUCCAGGUGAGAGGGACUAAUGAGCUGAAUACUAAAGCCACAGAGGUGGUGGCCAGGGCCGCUUCUCUAAGCUCCAAUGACGUCUUCCUGCUGAAAACUGACAAUAUCUCCUACCUGUGGUAUGGAAAGGGCUGUAAUGGGGAUGAGAGAGAGAUGGGGAAAGCGAUGUCUGAUGUGCUGUCCAGGCAUGAGAAGCGGGUGGUGAUGGAGGGCCAGGAACCUGCUGAAUUCUGGAUAGCUUUGGGUGGAAAGGGCUCCUAUGCCAGUGACAGGAGAUUUGAGAGGGAGGAGCCGCUUCACAGUCCCCGGCUGUUCGAAUGCUCCAAUCAGACGGGGCGCUUUAAGAUUACUGAGGUGGAUGAUUUCGCCCAGUGUGACCUAGAUGAAGAUGACGUCAUGUUGCUGGACACCUGGGAAGAGCUUUUCUUGUGGAUCGGUAACUCCUCCUAUGAGUAUGAGACCAAAGAGGCGUUGAACAGCGCGCGGGAUUACCUGAGAACUCACCCGGCUGGACGUGACCCUGACACGCCCAUCGUCUUUGUCAAACAGGGAUACGAGCCGCCCACCUUCACCGGAUGGUUCAACGCGUGGGAUCCCCACAAGUGGAGCGGAGGCAACUCCUAUGAGGAGAUGAAAAACAAGCUGAGUGAUUCAACAUCUAUCUCACAGAUCACUCUAGACCUGAAGAACACUAAGCUGAACAAGACUCCCGCUGGGGGAGGUGGGGGUGGUUACAGAGCACCUGGGGGCCCCCUAACUUCUCCGCCACCCAACAAGGCCUACUUCCAAGAUGAAACAGAUUUUUUCCCCAGACCCUCUAGUCCUACAAGACCCCAGUCUGGGAUGUCCUCCUCCUCUGCUAGUUCCUUGUCCUCUUCUGGAGCUGGAAAGUUUUUUGACCCUGAGCUCCUCGUCAACAAGACUCCAGACGAGCUACCAGAAGGAGUGGAUCCCACCCAGAAAGAGGAUUAUCUAUCUGACCUGGACUUUGAGAACCUGCUCAGUACUACUCGCGCAGACUUCCAGCGCUUGCCAAAGUGGCGCCAGAAUGAUUUAAAGAAGAAAGCAGGAAUUUUCUGAGAAGGAAUCACACAUCUCCAGCCUGUCUGCUGAGAAAUCCGCUUGUAAACCAAACUAUACGGCAGCAUUUUAGCUUCUGACCUUCAUCUCAAUAUUUUGUUUUGCUGUCAGAGGGGUAAAAAAAAAAAUCGACCAACAUCCCAAGUUGUUUAGAUUUAACAAAUGGUAUUUAUGAUUAUGACCAUGAAUGUAACUUGUAAUAAUUUAAAGGACGUGACUGACAUUUCUAAGAUUUUUUUUUUUUAAUUAUUCUGCUUUAUAUUUAUCUGUAUAUUUUUUUUUCAUUUCAUGUAGAUCAUACUGAGAUGAUGUUUUGCUAGCAUUUUAUCUGAAUCACAAAUGCAGUGAAUAAACAGAAAACCA